CAUCCGUUUACCACACACAAAAUGUUUUACCUCAAUGAAGGCAUUUAAAUGUUUACUUUUUGGGUUGAAUCGGCGUUCUCGAGUACCACGCUCCCCAUGUCUGGUGGGAACAAUUCAUCAGGGCUGAUUCUCAGCUUGCCUGUGGAUAUCUGGCUAGCUCUAUCCCUUUCAUCGGACAGUUUUAGAUAAUCAUGACGGAGGCUCCCAUCAUCAGAAGGAAUCGUCCAGGAACAAAGAGAUCGGACUUCUACGGCUGGCCGGACGAGCUGUUCGAGGAGAUGGACAGCACGCUGGCGGUACAGCAGUUUAUCCAGCAGACGGUGCGUAAGGAUCCGUCCUGCGUGGAGACCAUCCUGACGGCGCCCGAGCAGCAGGACGAGGGCGUCUGGAAGUACGAGCACCUCAGGCAGUUCUGCAUGGAGCUGAACGGGCUGGCGGUGAAGCUGCAGCUGGGCUGCCAGCCGGACACGUGCACCCAGAUGACGGCCACCGAGCAGUGGAUCUUCCUCUGCGCCGCGCACAAGACGCCCAAGGAGUGUUCGGCCAUCGACUACACGCGCCACACGCUGGACGGCGCCGCUUGCCUGCUCAACAGCAACAAGUACUUCCCGAGCCGGGUGAGCAUCCGCGAGUCGUCCGUCUCCAAGCUGGGCUCCGUGUGCCGGCGGGUGUACCGGAUCUUCUCGCACGCCUACUUCCACCACCGACAGCUGUUUGACGAAUUCGAGGCCGAGACCCACCUCUGCCGCCGGUUCACCACCUUCGUCACCAAGUACGGCCUGAUGACCAAAGAGAACCUCAACGUACCCAUCCUGGAGGAGGACGUACAGGGCGAGGAGUCUGAGGCCUAGGAGUGUCGUCGCGAGCGGCCGGCGGUGUGCGCGAGCGACGGACGCAGGCGCCGGCACCGUGGUGACGACCGCAGCACAGGCGGGCCGGGUUGGUGCGACUCACGCCCGUGGAACUACGCGCAGUGGACGCGGAAUUCUGUUCCGGCGUGGACGUGCUGGGCCUCGUAUUUUGCAGCCUGUAGAACUGCGCGCGCUCUACGCGGCCCGUGGGCAUGUACCGCGUCUCCUAUUUUGCAGACCGAAGCUUGUGCUUAUGUUUUGUAUGUGUUGAGUUACAUGAAAUUGUGUGGCUAAGGUGGCGAUGGUGGAAAAGCCCGUGGCGAGGUGUGUGCAGUGAUAACUGCAGUGGUUAGAUGAUAGUAUAUGCCUGCCAGUGGGAGAUGCUUCGUACAGGUAGUCGAUGGAACACCCUCUAGCAAUGAACUGAAUGUAAACGAAUGCGUGAAAAACAUGUCAUAUUUUGCGGCGCAUUAUGUGGAUCCGUCGAUACUUAAACAAUGAAAAGAUUAACUUAACUCUUGGGCGUUAGCGGUGAAUUGCACAUUGCUUUGACAUUGUGACGCAUUCGUGACGCUUUGUGAAGAACGCGUUUUAAUUCUUCUUGCCAGACAUGCACGUUGCUGUCAUCUGUGCGAACCGGGCAUGAAUAAAUGUACAGGAACCUCCAACAUUUCAAAG